AUGUCUGGACGUGGCAAAGGAGGCAAAGUGAAGGGGAAGGCCAAGAGCCGUUCUUCCCGCGCCGGACUGCAGUUCCCCGUGGGUCGUAUUCACCGUCUGCUGAGAAAGGGCAACUACGCCGAGAGAGUGGGAGCAGGCGCUCCCGUGUACUUGGCUGCCGUUCUUGAGUACUUGGCCGCAGAAGUCUUGGAGUUGGCAGGCAACGCUGCCCGCGACAACAAAAAGACCAGAAUCAUUCCCGUCAUCUGCAGCUGGGCAUCCGCAACGACGAAGAAUUGA